CUGAGUCUGUUUGCAUUAAUUGGCGUUGCCGCGUGUGACUUGGAGUUUCCUGGGUCUGGAAAUUGGAGAGAGAGAGAGAGGGACAAGUUUCAGCAGCGGCUGGAGGAUGUGAGGGAACGCGCCUGUAGCCAACCUCCUCGCAGGAAACUCGGGAAAGGCCAGCCCAUAGUGUAGGGUGUUGUGUGUUUACCGGACAAUGAUGGCAGAUGAAUUGGAAGUGGACAAGCCUGGUCCAACUGCAGAGUCGUCUGAAGAGCUGGGUGUACAAGCAAGGAGUGGCGCUGCGAUUGAAGAUUCGGUGGAACUCUGUGAGCCCGAUGACCUGGCGAACUAUUUGGAAAUAAAAUCUGAAGCAAGGGACCCGGACAAAAAACUGUGCGGCUACCUCAACAAGCUGGGAGGCAAAGGACCGCUAAAAGGCUGCAAGACCCGCUGGUUUGUGUACGACCAGAAGACAUGCCAUCUCUAUUAUUUCCGAACAGCCCAGGACAAUAGCCCGUUAGGGAGAAUGGACCUGUCCAAGGCUGCCUUCAAUUAUUGCGUGGAGGCAGAGGAAGGAACAUUUGAAAUCUCAACUCCAGAAAAGGAUUAUACACUGAAGGCAAAGAAUAAAGAUGUCAUGAUGUACUGGUUACAGCAGUUGCAGCAGAAACGUUGGGAACAUGGUGAGGAGCAGAAUUAUGCCCUUACAGAUGAUCUCAGCAUCUCAACCGAGCAUACUGAGUUACCACCAGCAUUCAAAACAGAAGAGGAAACAGAUGAGUUCAUGGAUCCCGUGAAAACACCUACUGGUCUUGUCGGAGUGGAAGCAGCUUCUCUCCCAGUCCCCCUGCAGCCCACUACCUUGCACAACAUCUCUCUCAAACAUCUGGGAACAGAAAUCCAGAAUCUUGGUUCUAAAACUGUGUUUCAGUUCUCCAGAAGCAAGUCAUUUAGAGAAAGUAAGACCUGUUUUGAAGAAAUUAAUAAGGGACCAAAUGAGACUGGACAAGAUGUAUCCCAGAGCAAGGAAGGAGACAUAUCAGUUAAGGAUUCGCAGGAGGAAGAGCAGAAAACUCCAUUUCGGAAGAGUCCUAGGGGCAGUCUGAAAUUGUUGACCAAUCGAUUCAACAAUACAACUUUGCCUUCACAGCAGGAUGGGAAUAACCCAGACAAAACCAUGAGCUUACACAAUGACAUCUUGAAACUCACCAACGAGCUUAAUGCACAGAGGGAAUUGGUGAAGCUCUUGCACCGAGCUCUGGAGGCAGCGCAGCAGGAGAAGAGGGCCUGUAACUCCUACCUCUCGGCCGACGAGUCCACCCGACUGGAACUGGUGCGGCACAAGGUGAGGCAGGUCAGGGAGUUGGAGAGCCGGGUCAGCGCGCUGGAGAAGGAGAAGCAGGAAGUGGAGCAGAGCCUGAGGCUGCAGAGGGACCUGGUAGAGGAGCUGAAGCAGCACGCACAGCUCCUGAUGGAGAAGAACAACGCCAAGCAAGAGGUCAUCCUGAAACUCUCUGAGCAGAUGGUCAAGGAAGACCUCUCCCCAUCAGAAAUGUGUGGCAAAGUCACCGCUGAGACCAUGAGGAAGCUAGAGGAGAGAAUUGUGCAUUUAAUGGAUGAUCAAGAAGCUUACAAAACACAAAACAAGUUCUUAAACUCCGAGAUCUACCAGGUCACCAAGCUUUGGCAGGCCACAGCAGAUCGGGAGAUUGCUCUGGCAAUGAAGUGUGCUUUUUUGAAGGCAAGUUACUGCCAGAUCGAGAGCAAGUAUUUGACAUUACUCCAUAAGCUUCAAGGUGACGUCAACCAAAAGGAGACAAACCAGGAUAUGGUCAAGCAGCUUAUUGCUGACCAAUCAAAAUUGGAGAAUAAAGCUCAACCUGGCAGCAAUGUUGGUGCUAUCUGCAAUGAGUAUGAUGAAUAUGGUUUCAAGAUGGUGUCGUCUCCAGUGCAGGAGAAUAACCUCUUGAUCAAAAUCCAGGCACUUGAACGAAAAUCCAUGCAACUGAUGGCCACUCAGGAGAGUCAAGAGAAAACCUUCCAGAUGAAAUGGACAAACUACUUAUCAGGCAGGUCCUUUGGUGAAAUUCAGCCAUCACCAGAGUUAAAGAACAUGAUCCGUAAUGGCGUUCCCAAGGAAUAUCGAAGGCAUGUUUGGAAGUGGUGCACUGAUCGAUGGGUGCGUCGCAUAAGGGAAUGUUACGAUGGUAAGCGUUAUCAGGAGCUGCUGAAACUGUGCAAGAACAAAGACCAGGCAGCAUCCAAGCAGAUUGAACUGGACCUGCACCGGACUCUGACCAAUAACAGGCUGUUCACCUCCCCGAACUCCAAGAUGGUUCAGAAACUCCGUCGAGUAUUAUUGGCAUAUUCGUGGCAAAACCCUCAUAUCGGAUACUGCCAGGGACUGAACAGACUGGCAGCCAUUGCGUUGUUGAUCCUGAGAGAGGAAGAAGAUGCUUUCUGGUGCCUCGUGGCCAUAAUUGACUGCAUUAUGCCAGAGGAUUACUACAGCAAGACCCUCACUGGCUCCCAGGUUGAUCAGAGGGUGUUUAAGGACUUCCUGUCAGAGAAACUGCCCAGGCUCAUGUCCCACUUCGAUCAGUAUAAUGUGGACCUCUCUUACAUCACGUUUAACUGGUUCCUCGUUGUCUUUGUUGACAGCCUUCAGAGUAACAUUCUGCUCAAGGUCUGGGAUGCAUUCCUCUACGAGGGAACAAAGGUUAUAUUUCGUUAUGCACUAGCAAUUUUCAAAUACAAUGAGGAAGAAAUUUUGAAGCUUAAUGACAACCUGGCGAUUUAUGAUUACCUUAGAUACUUGACACAAAACAUUUCUGAGGGAAGGAAGCUCAUGAACAUUGCAUUUGUUGAAAUGAACCCGUUUCCCUUGAAGCUGCUUCGAAACCGUCGGAUGUUGCACCUGGAGAAACUCAAAGCUGAGCUAAGCGAGCUGGAGAGGAUACGUGAAGCGUAUGUGAAAGAAAGAGUGGAACAGAAGAUCAUUAUUGACUGUGCUAGUGAGGAUGAGGAUGAAGCUGAAAGGAAUCGUCCUGGAGUGGAAUCGCCUGAAUUUUCCCCAGGGGAUCCCUCAAAAUCAUGAACCAUGCUCUUCAACAACAAGCACCUAUACUCAAGUUGUCCAGUCACGGAAUUAACUUCCCUCAAGACGUCUUUCCUUCAAUUACAAGGGAAAACACAUAAGUAAAGUUGUUAUAUUUCACUAUAUGGUACCUUUCUUGUGCUUAUUAUUGUCAAUAUCAAGUCUUCAAGCUUUGGUGCAGUGGAGUCGAGAAGAAGAAGAAAAAAUGACUGACUUUGCCAUAAGCAAAAAUUCCUUUUACCAAAGCUUAGAAGAGUGAUACCUUUGUCAUUUUGAACUUUUUUUUUGUUCUCAUUCCGACAUCCUGUGAAUAAGAUUGAGUGAAUCAGUCCUGAAAUAAUGCUUUUGGAGUCAUGAUUGCCAGGAUCUGGAGGCGGCCUGCUCAGGUUCAUUCCUAAGUAAUGAUUGAGAGUGAGGAAAGAUUCCAUCCCAUCAGCCCAAACUGGUACAAACCCACCUUAGGAAGGAUAUAUUGGCAAUAGACAGAGUAUAGCUUAGGUUUAAAAGAAUGGUACCUGCACUUCAGAGGUUAAGUCAGGAGGAGAAAGAAUGCAAACUAGGCCCAUUUUUCUCUAGAAUAUAGAAUGUUUAAGCAUAAUCUGAUUGAAAUCUUCAAGAAAUUAACAAGAAAAGACAAGGUAGAUAAAGAUAAACUAUUUCUACUGGUUGAGGAUUCUAGAAGUAAGAAGCAGAGUCUGAAAAUUUACAGCCAAACAGUUCAGGAGAGUUGUUAGGAAGCAUGUGUGUACACAAUGGCUGACAGAGGUUUGGAACAAUCAGAAGUUCAUUCUAUAUCAGUUAAUUUUAAUACUGAUGCAGAUAAAUUUUUGUUAUGCAAAUGUAAAAGUCCAAAGUCAGGUACAUGGAGUUAGGCCUCCGAUCAACUAUGAUCUAAUUGAAUGGUGGAACAGGCUUGAAGGGCUGAAUGGCCUUUUCCUGUUCAACGAUGAGAGGAGAACGAGCUACACACUGCCUUGUCAUUCAAGAUGAUUAUUUAUAAUCUUGAUGCCUGAUUUUAGCCCAAUUUGGAACUCGUUAAAUGAAUGUAUAACACAGAAUGUCUCAGUUAAAUUGUUAGCUAUUAGGUGCAGAAAUUUAUUUGUGACUUAUCGCCCAUCUAUGGGACAGAAAUCUAAUCCCAACCCCAAGAUCCCCUUCUUUCCCUCACUGUCUGAGUCUGUGGGUGUUCCUGCACUUGACUGACUGCAGCAUUCAGAAGGUGGUUCUCAAAGGAAUUUAGGGAUAGACAAAUGCUGGCUUAACCAAAAAUACCAUCAUCUCAUGAGAGAAUGAUUCAAAAUAACCACACAAAUAUUUAUUAUUGAUAAAUGCCUAACUUGCAUCAUUGGUAGGCAUGGGGUAACAUCUUUGGAAUUGGCAGGAUUCAGGUGCAAUUAAUCAACCUGGCACAUGGCCAACAUACAUGUAAAUUUAAAAUGUUUAUUUUUUUAAAAAGACUUUCAGAAACUCACAUUUUCCACUUCUGGGACUGCACGGAAAAGUGCGUGAACUAUGACCCUCUGUAAGCUUGUAACCAGAGUGGUCAAUUAUAGACUGUCCAAGUAGGCCCUGUAUCAAUUACCUCAUUGCCAAAUUAGUUAAUGUUGCUCAGAUGAUAAGAGCCACAACUCACCUGCGAUGUCUCUUUGACUUGCCACAGGUAAUAGUGUUCGUGAUGCUGAGGUGAAUGUGAACUAAAAUAGUUUUGUAACAUUUUGAUAUUGAGACAUCAUUACAGGAAUGUCUGAUAUUCCUUUUAAGAUGAAUUAGUGCUUAACUACCCAAGGAGACUGGCUUGUCACUUGACUGUGCUGCAAUCCAGAGCUGGUAUGAUAUUUUUUCGCUGCUGUUUAAAAGUAUACAAUAGUCUGGCACAGUGACCAUUCAACAUAGAAAUCGGUUUGUUCGGUUUUUUAAAGUACUUGCAACCAACUACACAAUAAAUUCCAACCAUGUGUAACCACACCUGAAGUUUAACAUUGAGUUGUUCACUCUUACUUUGUCAAAAGGUGCAUGACCAUUUCCAAAUAUCUCAAAAGUCACGUCUUUGGCAUCAGUCACCUUUGUGAUGAGUUAUUUUUGUAUAACUCAGAAGUAUUUCCAAAAGACCUUUUGGGAAAUCCACUUUUUUAAAAAAAGUAUACUUGUUUAUCCAAAUUUCUUCCAUCCUGUCCAAAGGUCUUGAUCUCUAUUAAGGUUAUGCUGGCUAUGUGAGCAGACAUUCAACUGUUUUAAACUCUCUCUCUUCAUUUGAUGAAUGUGCUCAGUCAAUAUCCAUGCAGGCAUUGGGUUAGAUCCUGUUCAGGGCUCAAGUACUGGGAUCCGUGCUGUUUGUUCUCAAGCCAAUUAACUUAUGGUUGCCUCUUUCUCAUAUCUGACUGUGAUUAGCAAAUGCACCGUGUGGUCCAUUUCCCACAUAAGCCAGUGACACAGACCACAGCAGGAAAUGCAUUAGUAAAAUCAGAAAAUGCUGGAAACCGUCAGUGGAUUGGGCAAUGUGUGGCGAGAGAAAGUGAGUUAAAGAAUUCAGAUUUAUAUCCUUUCUUUCUGCUGAAUGAUCAUAGAACUUAAAUGUUAACUCUGUUUUCCACUCCACCGAUACUGCCAGGCCUUCUGAGUACUUUCCAGCAUCCACAGCAUGUUUGCUAUUGUUCAGGGAAAGUACUUUUGUUUUAAUUCAAAGUAGGAUUGCCAACACUCCCUGGAUAAUUCUGGAAUCUAUACCAAUGAAAGCCUAACCUUCCACACACUGCUGUAAGCAGCAUAAAAUCUUCAGAGUAUUUUCUGUUGUACACAUUGUAGACAUUAAAAAAUAUUAGAAAUGGAGGAAUGUUGAAUGCUUGACUGAAUAAGGUGUUCUGAGAUCGCAAACCACCUUUUGAAGUCUCCACAAAUACCAGAGUUGGCAACUAUAUAUGUCAAUUUAAAAAUUAUAAUCACUGGGAAGUUUGUAUCUUGUAGAGACUGCUGGAUGGAUGCCCCCCGAAGAAAGCAAUGAAAAGUAAUGUUGCUGAGAAAAGUGCAUUCUCCAUGUAGCCAAAUGGAGCAUGAUGACAAACAUUAGCAUCAAGCUUCAGGCUAGUUGUUUAUCAAAUUACCAACAAAUAUGUUACUAGACCUAUCAAAAAACAUUAAAAUCCUGAUUUGGAAUGUGAAAGCACAAAAUUGAAUCUAACGUGUUCUCACUUUUACCUUACAAUCUUUGAGCUUUUCCUGUCUUCCUUGGUAUUGAUGUAAAACAUUUGCCACGCUGACCAAAUGGCAAUAAAUUAAGUAAUUCAUCUAAUAAGUUGCCACCAUUCAUGUCUGAAUCAUGCAAAACAGUAAAUGUCAAAAGGAAAUUGUAGAUGGUUCAUUGUUGAACUCCCGCUCCACAUGUUGUGCAUUAGGAGCUAUGGAGAGAAUGAGCACAGUGGCCAUUUUGAGACCAGCUGUGUGAUGUGUUACAAACAUUCAACCAUUGGCAAUGUUGAAAUAUGACUUGUCAUGUGUCCAGUGUUUAUUAUUUGGUUUUUUUAUUAGUAGCAAUUAAAUUGUAGCAAUCAGAUACCAGAGAGUUUUAUCUUUAAGAUCAUAUGGCAAGUUACAAUUGGAGGGGAUAUUUCCAUGGAGAUUGGAAAGGAUAGGCUAGCAUUAUCCUAGCAUUCCCUUUCUGCACCUUGUGUUCAUUCCUUCCAACAACUGGAAUAAAGUCUAGCCCUGUCCAGAAAACAAGACUGGUCUCUAAUAAUCUGCUUGCAAAACUUUAUGGAAACUGAUCCAGCAGUUUAUACUGGAAGUCACUUUUGUAUUACCUUGUAAUUCAGCCUGG